UCGCCUUCUUCAAGUUGGCACUUUGAAAAUGUCCCUGCCGUUUGCCCGGGAAAGCAGAGGUCGCCGGGGUCCCGCCUCGGCCUGUCUCCGACCGGGGCUUCCCUUUGCGCCCAAGACCCGCUAGAGCGCGCCGGAUCCCGGCCUGGGAAAGCUCUUUUCCCCGCGUUGCUCCUGCUCCUGCUCCUGCUCCCGCUCCUCCAUGCCCCGGCGCCAGCCAUGCUUCUCCGGCUCCUGCUGCUCGCCCUGCUCGGCCUGGACCGGGCGCCGCGACCGGGAGGCGUCCCGACGGCUUGGGGAGCCUCGGAGGCGCGCGGCCCGCACAGGGAUCCGCCGCUCGGAGGUGCCGAGGACGCGGGUGCCGAGGGAGACCCGUGGUGCCCGUACAAGGUGCUGAGCGAAGGCCCCGACGGCGGCGGAGGAGCAUCGGGGGCGCAGGGCGGGCGCCUGUGUUUCCGCAGCCGGGCGAGGGGCUUCCAGUGCGCGCCGCGGAGCUGCAAAGCGCACCGCUCGCCCGGGCGCGCCCUGCUGGCCAACGUGCUCCUCAACGGCAGCGUCCUCCUGCAGUGGGGCUGGCCUCCCCUGCUGGCCGAGGGAGAAGAAGACGGCGACGACGAGGGAGCUGAAGCUCCCGCCCCCUCGGCCGAUGUCGGCCUGCUGCGCGGCUUCUCGCUCUCGUGCUCGUGGGAAGGCGCCUACACGCGUUUCCAGUGCGACCGCGUCCAGCUAGGUGCCGCUUGCCGGGACUACCUGCUGCAGGACGCGCACGGCAGCGUCCGCUACCGCCUCUGCUUGCAGCCCCUCUUCGCCGCCUCUGCCGCCUCUGCCAACGGCACCGAUCCUGAUUCCGCUGCUGCUGCUGCUCCUCCUCCCCGGUGGCCUCCGGAAUGCGUGGAGUUCACCGUGGAGCCGGCCGGCAUGCGGGAGAUCGUGGUCGCCAUGACGGCCGUCGGGGGGUCCAUCUGCGUCAUGCUCGUCUUCAUCUGCCUCCUGGUCGCCUAUCUCACCGAGAACCUCACGCCCCCCGCCGCGCCCGCCGACAAGAGGGGAAACUGAGGCGGCCACCCAAGGCGGGGGUUAAGCCCCGACGAGCGCGCAGUGAGACCCUGGCUGCCCUAGGGUGGACGGGGGAGGAGAGCCCCAGCGAGCAAAGCAACCUUUGAGCGUGCGCAUCAUGCCGAGGACGCACAGCUAUGAUCCCUGCUCCGAAUUACUUUAUGUAAUUACGGGAGUAAGCCAUAACGGGGUGUAGCAUCGGAAGCCCCCCCUUUCAGAUUGGUUUCAAAUCGGAGGGGGGACCUGUGUGUUGAGAUUCUUGCAUUGCAGGGAGUGGGUUAGAGGACUCUGGGGUGCCUUCCAAUUCUGCAAUUCUAGUAUUCUUUCAGGUUUGCUUGGCCAUAAAGCCCCCCUUCCCCGGGACUGCUUUCUGAGUAAGUCUGCCCAGAAGGAAGGAGCUGUGCAGGUGGGAUUCCCUUCACAUUUACUUGGGAGCAAGUCUGGACUUUAACUGGCGAGCUGAUCCAGUUGCAAAUUAGGGCUGCAAAGGGUCUUGGCCUGAUUGGGGAAGCACUUCUUUUCAAAAUCCUUUUAGCUCAGUUAAAAGGGUGCCUUCUUUGGAUUAAUGCCACACUUCUAAAAAUAUAUAUAUUUAGGUUAAUUUCUAAUAUUCCUCCUCUUCUCACACAUCCAGGAAUGCUUCUUCCAACAAGAGACAUGACCUUCUUUCUCUCCCCACCCCCUUUUAACUGCAAAUUUAAUUGGCUGACCAUUUAAUCAAUGAAAACUCAUAGGAUAAAUUGACAUGAGGGUCUUCUAGAUUACUUGUUUAUGUUGCAUUCAUCCUGAUUCGUUUGCAGGGUGGUUAGACAAUGCCUCAAAGGAAGUGUUGCCUUUCCAGUGUGUUUUCACUGUUACUUUCCUUAUUGCAAAAACUCCAGUCUUUGGGGGAAGCAGGUUUGCUGUGCAAGACCUCCCCACUAUAAUUAACCAGGCGGUAGGUAGCCCAAUGGUAGAGGAUCUGCUUUGCAUGCAGAAGGUCCCAGAUUCAAUCCCUGACGUCUCCAGGAAGGGCUAGGAAUGUCUCCUGUGUCUAAAACCCUGGAUUACUGCUGCCAGUUGGUGUUGCCAAUACUGGGCUAUAUGGACCAAGAGUCAGCUUCCUGCAUUUCUAGAGCCUGAAUUUGCUGGCAUGUGAUUGGACCCCGCUCAAAUAGAGCAACAGUCUGGAAGCACCCUAAGAUAGGUGAACUGGUUAUGAGGGUGAUGGUAGAGUGCACUGGACCUACCCUUUCUGUUGGGGGGCAAGGAGAGAGGGAGGCUCCCUUCUGGUCCUCUCUGGCUAGAGACCUUUGGGGGCGCCCAGGGCUCAUCUCCACACCUGUGCACAUCACAUGACAACUGCACCAUCAAGUGACGACCUGACUUGGAUUUAUGGAAUGCAGGUCAAUUGCUACCUAAUAGGAAGUCCACUUGCUCCAGCUCACUUUGCUGUCAGUGGUGUGAGCUCCCCAUUCACUGCCUUUUCCUGUCUCUUUGAGAAAUUUGUAGGUAAAGUUCCACAUGCUCUGUUAACCCCUCACUGACUUCACUCAUGCAGAUGUUGAAUUUUAAAUAGGCUUCUCCUUUUUUGGGGGGGAGCAGCCUUUUGGGGUGAGAAGUGGUGCAAAAUGACUCCAGUCUUGGAGAUCCCAGGGAUAGGGACCAUGUCUGUGGGGCUGCUGGCUGUUAGGAAAGAGACUACGGUAGUGUCUGCUCUGGGAGCAGGAAGGGAAGAAGAGGGGAAGCUAGGACCAAGUGAGUGGGUGAGCAGCAAUUUAAGGGCUAGCUGAAGAUGAAGCUGGGAACAGCUGUGAUGGAACAAAGCAAUCGCUGGCUGUGCAUACAUUUUUCCCUCCCCAAAGAAUCCUGGGAACUGUAGUUUGUUAUGGGUGCUGGGAAUUGUAGUGCUGUGCAAGGUAAACUGCAGUUCCCAGGUUUCUUGGAGUGGGGUAUGCUUUAAAGCAGGCAUCCCCAAACUUCGGCCCUCCAGAUGUUUUGGUCUACAAUUCCCAUCAUCCCUGACCACUGGUCCUGUUAGCUAGGGAUCAUGGGAGUUGUAGGCCAAAACAUCUGGAGGGCCGCAGUUUGGGGAUGCCUGCUUUAAAGGCACUUUGUGUAUGCAGCCUCUGUUUCUUCCUCGUUCAGAAGUCUGUUCUGAAUGCCAAAGCUCGGGUGGUGUAGGAAGUUCAGGAAUAAACGCAAAGUGCCCCUGAGUGUGUGCAGAGUCCACUUCUCUCCGAGCUAAGCACCAGUUCCGUCCACCAGCUGGUUGGGGAAGUUGGACACCUUCAGAAAAAGUAUAGAAGCAUUUCUCCACAGCACCUGGCCCCGUUGAAGCAAAGUAGGGUUGCCUCCAUCGCAUCAGCUUUAGCUCAGAGACACACCUGGACCGGUCCAAAAUAUGCAUCUUCUCAUCCAUCAUGUCUGGGACUUGUUAGCCUGCAUCUGGACCAUAGAUGGAACAGAUGCCUCAAUUAAGGAGAACCAGGCACCUCUCUUCCCCAGGAGCUGAGCUGAAUUGUUGAAGCAGAAAACCCCAGAACUCAAAUGUGAGAAUCUGCUGUCUGAAUUUUUGAAGUUUAGAAAAUGCUAUGUUUCAAGCAUCCUUUAAAAAUACGAUCACAAAGCAAUUUUUUCUAUGCUAUCGUAAUCCAGCGCCUGCUUAGACGGCGGACAGCAUGUAGCAAUGAGCACAUGUGGGGGUGGCUCUAGGUUUUUUCCCCAAACCUUUGACCUUCAGCACAAAGAAGUAUAGGUUCUUCUUAAAAAAUAAGGGGGGGGAGUGGUUUUCAGGUUUUAUAUAUGGGGGGGAAAUGAAUUUGAAGUCAUUUGUUUCAAUUUGUUGUCAAACAUUGUUCCGUGUCUAACCGUUCUCAAAUAGCUUUAGAGGGAGAUAGAGGCUUCCUUGAAACUGGAGUUUCUCAGAGAUGAAAUCCAGGUUUCAAAAGGAUUUUAGAAGCAUAAUAUGAGUUAGACUAGGGGUGGCUAAGACUUCUGGAUGUCCCUGAGUUUUAGCUUGCAUCAUUGCUGGCUUGGGCCAUCCAGGUGUCGCUGAACUACAUACAAUUCCCACCAUCCCUGGCUAUUGACCAUGCUUGCAGGGACUUAUGGGAGUUGUAGUCCAACAUCAGUCAGAGGGCACCAGGUUGACCGUCCCUGUGGUCAGACUUUGAAUUAAAGCAGAUGUGGGAAACUUGUGGCCCUACAGACAUUGCUGGACUAAAGCUCCCAUCCUCCCUUGCAAAUGUGGCCAUAGCCAGGGAAGAUGGGAGUUGUAGUUCAGAGACACCUGGCGAGCCAGAGAUUUCCCACACCUGCUUAAAAUAAGAUUGGUAAUAGUCAGCAGUUCUGUUGCUCUGUUUGCUGAAUUUUCCCUGGGUUGGUUUCAAGGGAGGAAAAACUUUCAUCUCACUCAGGUGCUUAGAUAUCGUUUUCUGUUUCUGUGAUGGGAAAACGUAACACAGUGGUGAAAUGGAGGGGGGAGCCGAGAUGCUCAUUUGAUCAGACUUGCUUGUUUGUGAAUUUUCUGCUUUAGUUGAAAGUCCUGCAUCGCCGGGGGUUGGACUAAAUGUCCCUCGGUGUCCCAACGCUACAGUUCUAUUAAAUGGUCGCUCUAGGGCAAGGAUAGGAAAUCUGUGGGCCUCCAGAUAUUGUUGGACUAGUGCCGCACACUACCCGAUGUGUUUAUCUAUCUACUACCCACUGUAAGGUCCUUCUGCAGGUCACAACAAUACAAAAAUACAGUAUUGAAAUCAGUUAAAACAAUUGGCAAGCGGAAGAACAGGGUGGAGAAAUCUCUAUUGGGCCAAGUUUGGGGACCUCCCAGGUAUGCGGCACCAGUGAAAAAGCCCUCCUCGUGUGCCCGCUUGCAACUAAGCAUCAGGCCGUGGCGAUAAAUAACUGGACUCCAUUAGUAGUGCCCUUAUCAGGCAGUGAAGAAGAAGGUGAUUUUGCAGGUAAUCAGCUCCAGAGUUAUUUGGGGCUUGGUUCACAAGGAGCAGACCCUUAAAACUGGUUUGGUGGCUAAAUAGGCGUGGAGCCUGACUUUGUUCCCAUUGGGAUAGCUCAGUUGGUGGAGCACGAGACUCGUAAUCUCAGGGUCAUGGGUUCAGUUCCCCAUCCUUGCCUGGCCUUGAGGAGGAAGAGCAGGGGUUGAUGCUCAUUUAAAGGACCCGGAGUCUGAAAAGUGGAAACGUGAAGCGCAGUGGAGGCUGGCCCCUUGGGGCAAAUGAGGCAGUGCCCCACUAACCACUGGCUGCCCUCCGCCGGGCUGUUCCCACCUCCCUGCCUUCUUACAAUCAGUCCCUGGCUGGCGGCCUCUUACCGCUUGUAAAACUCAAAAGGGAGGAAGAUGGGGCAAGACUUGCCUGCCAUUGCCUUUGACUCCCCCCUAGUGUUGGCCUCCUACAUUUCAGCCCAACAGGCACCAGACAUCGUCACCAAAGCGUUGAGAACCUUUAAUAAGCAUGAUGUAAAAUUGACUUCAGU